AUGGAGGCCAAUAAUAGCCAUCAACGAAAGUCGUCAGGAGAGUCCUCCUCAUCAGAUGAUGGCAUAAGAGAAUCAGCAUUGAACUCGAGAGUUGGGUGGAAACACAGCGGGACCGGCGAUGAUAAUGGUGCCGGCCAUGCCCACAUUAAUGGGGCAGUGCCACCGAGCAAUCAAGAGGAAGAAAUUGGGGAAGCUAAUUCAACUGGAAACAAGAAAAUACCAACUAUGGAGGAGCAGAAUCAAUCUACUACUACAUGUAGUACACUUGUGCAGAGUCAGAGUCAUCCUGGUGGACCUCAAUCAGGAGUGACAGAAAGUACAAUUGACAGCAGAAUCGCCAUAAAGGUGGCUCAAGAGAGACAACUGCAAAAUCAAGGAACCGGGAAUGCAUCCGCUGAAAUUGAUUUGGAAUCGAACAACAUUCCUCAGAAUGCACCUCAGUCCUCAACUGGUAGAAUGCCGGCCUCAGCGGCUGUAACUGGUGGUGGUCGCCAUGAUCAGUCCUUUGCAUCUGGUCAUCAUCAUCCAGGACCUCAGUCAGCGACUGAAAGUACCAUUGACAGCCGAAUUGCCAUCAAGGUGGUGCAAGAGAGACUGCUGCAAAAUCAAGGAAAUGCAUCAACUGAAAUUGAUUUGGAAUCAUCGGACAUUCCUCAGAAUGCGCCUCAGACUUUGGCUGGUAGAAUGAUGCCGGCCUCAGUGGCUGUAACUGGUGGUCACCGUGAUCAGUCCUUUGCAUUUGGUCAUCAUCCAGGACAACCUCAAUCAGUGACAGAAAGUACAUUGACAGCCGAAUUGCCAUAA